GGGCCGCCCAGCCAUGUUGAAGAGUCUCUCAGGCAAAUUGCAGCCCGCCAUUGUGUAGAAAGCAGGCUCUGUAGACAUAAGGGUGCUUGGCUGAAACUCUUCAAUAGCUAGUGUAAUACUACUCCUCGCCGCUUUUAUUUAGGAGUAUUUACAGUUACAAAGGCUCCGGGGGGGAAAAAGACAUGUCAGCCAGCAGCCUUCUCGAACAGAGACCGAAAGGCCAAGCAAAUAAAGUGCAAAACGGAGCUGUGACCCAAAAGGAUACUCUGAAUGAUGAUGAGUUUGAGCCUUACCUGAAUACCCAGGCAAGACAGAGCAAUGCCUAUACGGCCAUGUCGGACUCGUACAUGCCCAGCUACUACAGUCCCUCCAUAGGAUUUUCAUACUCUCUAAAUGAGGCAGCAUGGUCCACAGGUGGUGACCCUCCUAUGCCUUACCUGGCCUCCUAUGGACAGCUGAGCAAUGGGGAGCCCCACUACCUCCCAGACGCUAUGUUUGGCCAGCCAGGCCCCCUUGGGAGCAACCCAUUCCUGGGACAGCAUGGUUUCAAUUUCUUCCCAAGUGGUAUCGACUUCUCUGCAUGGGGAAACAGCAGCUCUCAGGGACAGUCUGGGACACCGCAGAGUUCUGGAUACAGCAGCAGCUAUGCCUAUGCUCCCAGCUCUCUUGGGGGUGCCAUGAUCGAUGGACAGUCCCCAUUCGCACCUGCUGCCAAUGAGCCCCUUAACAAGGCACCUGGUAUGAACAGCCUUGACCAGGGCAUGGCGGGGCUUAAAAUUGGUAGUGCUGCUCCUGGGGGUAACGGGGACAUGACUCCUAAGGUCGUUGGUUCUGGUUUACCUGGUGGGGGUCCCCUUGGUCCUGUAUCAUCUGUAGGACCGCCCAGUAUGCCUCCUGUCUCUAUUGCCCCUGCCAAACCUGCUUCUUGGGCCGAUAUUGCCAGCAAGCCAGCCAAGCCACAGCCCAAGCUGAAAACCAAGGGUGGCAUGGCCGGUGCCAAUUUGCCUCCUCCACCUAUUAAACAUAACAUGGACAUUGGCACUUGGGACAACAAGGGUACAAUGCCUAAAGCUGCCACCCCUCAGCAGGUGCCCCCCAUCUCCAGUAAUGGGCAGCCACCCAGUCAGGCAUCCCCCCAGCCUGGAGCUACUGCUGCAGGGACCCCACAACUACCCCUCAGCAAUGGACAGAUGAUACCCCCAGUUUCCCAGAUGGGGCAGCAUCAGCUUCCACCUACUGGACAGCCAAGUAUGUCACAGAUGCCCCAACCACCUCUGUCCCAGGGUCCUCCACCUCCUCCCCCUAACCAACAACAGCAACCCUCUCAACCUACUCGCUGGGUCCCUCCAAGGAAUCGGGCUAAUGGAUUUGGGGACACCAGUGGAAAUGGUACUGGUCAGUCACCUCCUGCCUCUUCAGGUGUGGGUGUGGUUCCUGGGGUUCCUUCUGAGCCUCACCCAGUUUUAGAAAAGUUGAGAAUGGUCAACAACUAUAACCCGAAGGACUUCGAUUGGAAUCCCAAGCAAGGUCGGGUGUUUAUCAUUAAGAGCUACUCUGAGGAUGACAUCCACCGUUCCAUCAAGUAUAACAUCUGGUGCAGCACGGAGCAUGGCAACAAGAGGCUUGAUGCAGCGUACCGUUCACUGGGUGGGAAAGGCCCACUUUAUCUUCUUUUCAGUGUCAAUGGGAGUGGCCAUUUCUGUGGUGUAGCAGAGAUGCGCUCACCCGUGGACUACAACACGUCUGCUGGCGUGUGGUCACAGGACAAGUGGAAGGGGCGUUUUGACGUGCGCUGGAUCUUUGUUAAGGACGUUCCCAACAGUCAGUUGAGGCACAUUCGACUGGAGAACAACGAGAACAAGCCAGUGACCAACUCUCGGGACACACAGGAGGUACCACUGGACAAGGCCCGGCAAGUGCUAAAGAUCAUCGCUGGAUACAAACACACCACUUCAAUCUUUGAUGACUUUUCUCACUACGAGAAGCGCCAGGAAGAGGAAGAGUGUGUGAAAAAGGUGGAGGUCCAAGGCAGUGAGCCAUAUCCCAGCAACCCAAGCAACAGGAGUCAUUACAGGCUUCAGGAUCGCCAAGGACGAGUCAAGUAACAGUUGGUGCUUUGGUCAAAAAGACUGCAAUGACCCCCUCACCCCACCCCUAUAACCUCACCACCCCAUUACAUCCAGAUCUCAAAUGAAAAUCUAUUAGGGGUGAAGAAUUAACAAAGGACAGAAAACUAAAUGAAGACUUUGAUUUCUUUUGACUUUAAAGACUUACCUUGAACUUGUAGUAAAAAGAAAAAGAAACGAUUAUUCAUAGGACUACAACUUAAUGCAUAGCAUCCUUAGGUGAAAACUUUUUCUUUUUUUUUUUUGCCCCGCCCCAUUUCACUACAUAUGCUUUUUCUCUUGUAUGCUGCAUUUUCCUUUGCCCCUCUUUUUGUAAUUGAAAGGAUCUUCGUGUCUUGGUCCAAGAGCAAGUCUGUACUCACGAAAACACACAAAUCAGAUAGAAGUUUGUAGUGUUGGUUUAUAAUAGUGUCCCGAAAUCAAGAAUGGGCAGUUUGUCCUUUUUUUUUUUUCUUUUUUUUUUCUUCUUCUUUUGUGCACCCCUCCCCAAACCACUGUCUUCUGAGGGUGUUCACAUUUUCAACCAGGACCUGAUUGAUAUUCACCAUAGGCGAGUGUCAAGUUGGCUCCAGAAAUAGUUUGCUACAUGCUUGACAUGUAUUUUUGUUUGGAAAGACUGGGAGAUUCUCAGAAAGGCCCUCUGUUUUAUUUUGCAUGUGUUGGAUGG